UUAUUAGCAAGGGAACAUACAGACGGUUCUGGAAGGAGAAGCUGAUUAUUGUAAUCGUCUGGACUAUAAAUUUGUGAGGAGGGUUACGUGCGAAUUUUGUUGCUCUGAAAAUCGCUUUCUAUUUAUUUUCAAUCAUCGAAAUAAAAAUCCCUAGACUGCGAAAUGGUCUUGAUCCAACAGGAAGAGGUUGGGACUGAAGAGAGAGUUGUGAAUCUGUCUGAAUCUGCGGAAACUGCAAAAUCGUCAGCCUCCUCCAAUGUCGAUGACAGUAAAGAAGCUUCCGAUGGCUUUGAAACCGCCAGCGACACUGAACUCGGCGGCGGCGAGUGGAGGAACGGGAACAACAACAUCAACGAUGAGGAAUUGAAACAGCAGAAAGCAUUGGCUCAAGCGAAUGAUGCAAAAUUAGAAGGAAAUGAGCUAUUCGGGGAUGGUCAAUUUGAGGAGGCACUAUCAAAGUAUGAAUUUGCUUUACAAAUGGCUCCAGAUAUGCCUUCAUCUGUAGAAAUUCGCUCAAUAUGCCAUUCAAAUCGUGCUGUAUGCUUUAUGAAAUUGGGGAAAUAUGAGGACACAAUCAAAGAGUGCACUAAGGCAUUGGAACUCAAUCCUGCAUAUCUGAAAGCUCUGGUGAGAAGGGGGGAGGCGCAUGAAAAGCUUGAGCUUGAAGAGGCCAUUGCUGAUAUGAAAAAGAUUUUAGAAAUUGAUCCCUCAAAUGAUCAAGCUAGGAAAACCAUUCUGAGAUUGGAACCCCUGGCAGCAGAAAAGCGGGAAAAGAUGAAGGAAGAAAUGAUCGCUAAACUGAAAGAUAUGGGAAAUUCUUUGCUGGGCCGCUUUGGGAUGAGUGUUGACAACUUCAAAGCUGUUAAAGAUCCGAACACUGGUUCCUACUCUAUCUCAUUCCAACGCUAAGCUUUUCUGAGACUGGUCACGUAGUAGCAUUAAGCCAAGAAAGGUGCUGGCUGGAAUAUUACAGUUGUUGGGCUUUAUUGGUCAUGCAAGAUGAUCGGCAAAAUGCUAAUGUUAGCAGAAUGGGCGAACGUCGCUUAUAUUUAUAUCUGCUUCCUUUGGGAAUUUGUUGAUUGAUUUAUGAAUUACGAUGUCAAAGGAUUGUCACAGAUUAGUCUAUUACUCUCUUUGACAUGUGCUUAUAUGUUUCAGGGUUUGCGAGCACCUGUUAAUUAAUAUCACGUUGAGAGUUCAUAUGAUUA